AACGGUCUUUUGUUCUCUUUGAGACACUAUUUCGAUAUCACUUGUGUUAGAGAUAUUUAUCGUCGUGUUAUUUCAGGUUUUUUAUCCUUUGCUAGGGCUCCUGAAAGGUUUAACCAUUGGCUCUCUCUAGCAAGAAGUCAUUUGAUAAUUUGGUUAAUGUUAUUUGAUGAAAUCGGUGCAGCAAGAAAUCUCAGCUGUAUUUCGCCUGGCGUGAUCUGCUUCAUUGGCCUUUCGACAGGGGAUCAAGAUUAACUUCUUGUUCUUCACACACUAAGAAGAUCUUGCUCGGAACAACAAGAACAGAAUUGAGCACUCAAGAUAUUCACCUCAAGAACUGCUUUUGUCCUCAUCGUGUUUUCAAUUGCAUUCAUUCUCCCGACAGUUGAGACGCAAACUCAUAGCUUGGUACUUGACUCGUCUACAAUCUAACCACCUGGUCGAUCUGCUUAACUUUAAACUCAUAUAUUGGCGUAUCGUGUGAAGUGUUUGGCCUGUAUUUGAGCUGAUACCUUCUUCAGACUAUACUACAUUUGUAAGUACUUCAUUUAAAAGGAUCACUCCUUGGGUUUUUUAUAACUAAGAGGAAAACCUUAGUGAAGUCAUACAUGUACUUGAUGAAGGUUCGUCCACACAGGUUUAGUGAACGUUACGAAACACGCUUUAUCCCGUAGCUCUGUUUUUUUAUACAUAUAAAAUAAUGGCAUAUCGUAGUCUUUCCGAAUGGGAACAGAGAUAAAAUCUAGUACUUUUUAAAUGUACGAUUCGAAAAGAAUCCAGCCUUCUUGUCUCGGUAAUCUCCUGCUGUGACUGAACUGCGUGUCUAUGCCGCCCUUUAGACGGGAAUCCCGAAUAUUCUUCCUUGAGGGGCUCUUCUGUAACUUUCGUAGACCUUUGCUCAGACGAUUACUCUUCUUUGCAGGCUGCAUGACCCUUAAAAAUGGCCGAUCAAGACACAAGGAACUUACAAAAUGUACCCGGCCCGGCAACUGAAGCAGGAAAUGAUCAAAGGAACCGUGGAACGCAAAUCCGAAAGGAAAUUAAGAUCGCCCCAAGUAGACCACCAAAGACAUUGAGUGGGGCUGCAAAGAGGUAGAAACAUCAUCAUUUAGCGUAUAUUUCCAUUCCGAGAGGCGAAUUCAAAGUAGAGGGAAUUCAGGUUUUAUGUAACUAAGGAAGGCCUUACGAUCGCUUUAGUUUUGGGGAUCGAGAGAAUUCGUUUUCAUCUAACGAGAAGAGGUCGCGCGAGUAAAUCGAAAAAUUAAAGUUAUCAGAUUAUUCAUAAAAAUACUAGGGGAACUCUUAUCGCCAGAGUUUGGUUUUAUCUACUCCGCGGAUGAAAGAUCUAAUGUCGGUUUCCUGUUGUAAGUUACUCGAGUACCACAUCAAUUUACAACAACAAAGACUUCAAUGCUAAACACUGCGCUCCUUACUUUAAUUCUUCUGUUGUUGGAAAAUCUGAGUUCUUUGUUGCCAAUUUUGGACAGGAUUCAAAGAGAACUGGCCGAAAUAACGCUUGAACCGCCACCUAACUGCAGGUAAAAUAUUAAUUAAUACACUUCGGAGAUUUAGGCUGCAAUCGCUGUGAAUAUUUUCCGUCAGGAAAUAACGAUUUCGAAGGAGAAAUGGUGUUGAUUGUUUUCAAAUUGACAUGUCAAAUCAGACACCACGUAAACAGCUGAUUAAAAUCUUAUAUUCCUUCAUACGGGAUUUCACAAGGUAUUAAACUCUUAGGAAUGUCUCACGAAUUAAUUCCUGUAAAACACGUGGGUUAAUUGGGGUGUGAUAGAAUUUAAGCUAUGCUUGAAAUAAGAUAUUUUAAUAUAAUGUUUACAAAGUACUAAAAUAAUAUUGAUUUUAAUGACAAGGUCAAUUAAUGUUUUGAACAAAACUAAUAUUUGAUAAUUUCCCAUGUUUUUGUCGCACAAUUUCCCAAAUUGCUGAUUUUGUUUUGAGUCCAUUUAGAUUAUUAGAUGCCUUUAUUAUAAUAUUUUAAUUGUAGUUAGUUCAAUCUUUUGUAUACAAAUGCUUGUCAACCAAUUAUGUUAAUCAAGUAAAGGAUGUUGUUGGGACAAGUCCUGAUUAUAGCAUUGUUGUGUGGCUGUAGAAUUUGUAAAUAAUUUUUGUUUGUUGCUGUCAGUUAAAAUUUUUCAACCAUUUUGGUUUCAAUUGCUGUUUUUUGUUUGUUGUUUUUUUUAUAGCCAGUAUCAUAGUCUGAAACAAUCAAGAAACCUGUCUAAGUCGAGCUAUUGAAAAAAUUGAUUUCCGAGAAAAUUUGAACUAAAACAUGUUCUGCCAAGGUCUGUCAUGCAUGAGUACAUUCUCAUUCACAUAAAUCAAGUGAUUAAGAAUCAUGAAUCCCUUUCGCAAUGGAUGGUAUGCAGCAUUUUUUUGAAAUUUUUCUUGUUUGUAUAUUUUAGUGCUGGCCCAAAGGGUGACAAUCUUUAUGAGUGGCACUCAACAAUUCUUGGUCCUCAAGGAUCUGUUUAUGAAGGAGGAGUAUUUUUCUUAGAUAUUCAGUUCUCAUCUGAUUAUCCUUUUAAACCACCAAAGGUAAUAAAUUUUUAUAUAUCCCUUUACCUCCCAUGAGUGACUGAGACAGAAUUUCUCCUUACAGUAUCUAUACAAUAUAAGCAGAGAUUUAGUGUUGAAAAUGAAGAAAAAAUAUAAAUCAGGAGAUUAUUAGUUGCCCCAAUGCCAAUCUAUUUACCCCUUCAACUCCCAUGGGUGACCAAAACACAAUAUCUUCUCACAGUAUCUGUUCAUUAUCAAGCAAACAUUUAGUGUUGAGGAUAAAGAAAAAAUAUAAAUUAGGAGAUUAAUAGUUGCUCCAAUACCAAAUUCUCCAGACUAAUUUCACGAGAAUUGUAUAGAAGUAAGUAUAGAGAAUUGCUUAUCAGAUCUUAUUAGUGAACAGUUUAAAACCUUUGAUGUUUUUUACGCUUCUAUUCUAUGAGUGUUACUUAUUCUUCUUUCUAUCAAAUGUUACAGGUUACCUUUCGAACUCGCAUUUAUCACUGCAAUAUAAACAGCCAGGUAAGAUAGCAAGAGCAAAUUGAGUUCUAAAGGUUACCUGUACUUACAUUUAUUACUUUUCUUGUUUACAUGAUAAAUGAAAUUCUGUUUUCUUCAUUCCCUAAUUUCCUUCAAAAACUACAAAAAGUUUAAUAUUCGGCUUUGUAUGUUUCAAAUUUCAUAAAAGUACAUGUAUUUUUUCUUUUUUAAAAUUGUUUAUCAAAUAUGGUUUUUUAGGGAGUGAUUUGUCUGGAUAUUUUGAAAGAUAACUGGAGCCCAGCUCUGACUAUUUCCAAGGUUCUUCUCUCCGUCUGUUCACUUCUGACAGACUGCAAUCCAGGUAUUUGAAGUAAUUUGUCAACUUGCUACUUGGAUACUCAUUAGAGCCCCAGUUUAUAUUAACAUCAUUUGCUGAAAAUUCACCCUCAAGCCUGAUUGUUUACAGGACAUCAUUUUUGAAUCUUUGCCACAGUCUUGUUGUUUUCAUGCAAUUCAGCAAUUUAUGUACAAUUGCAUCAUUCUUCUCGUCAAUUCCAUACAUUCCAAUUCCCAGACAAAGUUCAAAUCUCCUGGACUCUUUUACAGUUUCCUUCCCCUUAAACUCCCAAGAUUUCCUCGUUAAUUCCCCCCUCUAGCUGCUACACAUUUCCUUUCAAGUAACUUAAGAGAAUUUGAUGUUAGAUCAUGAUAGAAAUCUCCACCUGAUAAGUUUGAGUAUUUUUAUUACCUGUUCACUGGAUGAUGUAUGAAUAUUAUAGGGAGAAGUUUCAUGUUAAUCAAUUGUGGGACUUGAGAGUUAAGUCUCUUAGAUGAAAGUUAAUUUUUGAAGAAAAAAAUGAGAAAAAGUUGCAGUCGGGUACCCUUUCAACUAAAAAGAGAGGGAUAAUUGCAUUACCUGCUUUUGAAGUGUGCAUCAAUGUGAUUUUUUUUCAUGCAAAUAGAACAAUAGAAAAUAAUGCACUGGAUGCAUUUUAUUUUUUUAGUCGACCCACUUGUCGGAAGCAUUGCAACGCAAUAUGUCAAUGACAGAGAGGAACAUGACAGGAUUGCCAAGGAAUGGACAAGGAGAUUUGCGACAUGAUAAAAUAUAAAAUUAUAUUUAUUAAUACCAUUUUAAUGCCAUGUUUCAGAUUUAUAAAGAAAGCAGAUGUGGCUAAAUAGAUUAUUUUAUUUGACAUUCUUACCUUAUCUUUGUAAUUAUAAUGUUCCCAAGUUUGUAAUUGCUCAAUUUAAUUUAUCCUUUAAAUAUAAUAUUAUUUAUACCAUUUGUAAUGAUUUUGUGUAUUGCUUACUUACAAGACCUUAUUUUCCUGGAAAGAGUAUGUUGUUAUGCAUCUCUCUAAAUUUAUGAUUAAGUUCAUUCUAUUUUUUUGGGUCAGAAUGGUAGUAAUAUUUUGCAACAAGACCAGUUAUAACCAUUGGAUUAUUAUUUGUGAAUAAUGUAAUCUUUUUCUUUCAAUAACUUCAAUCUUAUAGUUUUACGAUAGCUAGAAUAGCAGGGUAAUUGCAGAGAAGUAGAAAAAUGAUUUGUUACAAGCACAAAUUUACAUUAACCUUUUGGCUUUCUUUUAUAUUCUUUUUUUCAGUGCUGAAUCACCUCUUUUUUUUCAUAUUACAGUGAAAUCAUAAGUUUUUACCUUCUAUAUAACAUUUAAACAGUGUUAAUAAUUGUUGAAAAUUCAGUUUUUCUUAAAUGGGUUUUUUGUGCUGAUUUAGCAAAGCUAAGGGUAACAUUGAGAUUCGAGCUUAUAGUUUUGGGGAUGGGGUGGUAAGGGAGAUCUAAAUCCUAAGGGAGGCCCCCCCCCCUCCUGUCCCACUUGUGUUAAAGCAUUGUGGUAUAUUAAAUGGCUAAGUUAGAUUUUCAGUUUAUAUAUGAG